AUGCGGCACAAACACGAAAUGCCGCCACAAAAAGAGAGAAAUGUACAAGUGUUAAAUGUCGAACGCUUUUUUGGUUCCGCCGGGGGAAAUGCGUGCUGGCCGGCUUUCGGCACGAAGGCAGCCCUCCCCUCCCACCCCUGCGCCUCUUCUUUGAGCCCCUGA